AUAAACGCAUGUAUCAUUUUCACAUUCCUAUUUAACGGUUAAGCAUUGCAUUUUCGAAUUGGCACUGGUCACCCUCCAUACAAUCAAGGAUUAAAACACAAAGGUACUGUAUUUGAUAAAAAACCUCACCGAACCAUGUUGUAGCUAAAUUGAUAGCUAUCACUCUGCUUGAGACAGGUUGCGCCACUCUCGUGACAUGCUGGUGCCAAAUAAGCGGGCUAAUAUUGUUAUCUCGCGCCAUCGCUACCUAGCUUUUCAACGUGUUACCACCGUCAAACAGGCUUACUUUGGACUUAAACGUUUAUCAACAGGUCGAGGACUAAGUUAAGUUACGUGAUAGACCACCAAGCCAAGGCUUUCACCAUGAUGUUCUAUACUCAGCUCUUCACAUCCAAGCGCGGGCCUCUGGCCAAAAUUUGGUUAGCAGCUCAUUGGGAGCGGAAAAUCACAAAAACUCAUGUGUUUGAAUGCAAUUUGGAGAGCACCAUCAAAGACAUAAUCGCCCCACAGAUAAAGAUUGGCUUACGAACUUCGGGCCACCUACUUCUGGGAAUAGUGAGGAUAUACUUCAGAAAAGCCAAAUAUCUCCUUGCUGACUGCAAUGACGCUUUUGUCAAAAUCAAAGUGGCCUUCAGACCAGGACAGACUGACAUGCCUGUUGAGGCACUGGAGGCCACACUUAAAGCAAUCACGUUAAUGGAGGAUUUCACUGACUUCGAUUCCCAGCUACCAGACGCAAAUGCCAUAGGUGUUGUGGAUCAUUUUUCACUGAAUCAGUGCCGAACAGAGGACAUCACCCUCAAAGAGGAUUUUGGAAAUAGCUUUCUCACAUUUGAGGACUUUGGUGAUGAGACCCAGUCUCACCAAGGGGGCAUGUUAGACGUGAGUUUCCUAAGCCUGGCCCAGCAAGGAGAUGCUUUUGGCGAUGAGGACACAGGCUUGGACAUCCUGGGGGACGUCCUGACAGGGUUAGCCAGUUCCAGUGAGCAUGCUGUUUUGACAGAUUUUUUCGAAGCCGAACAACAAAAUAUGUUGCCGGAGACUGCUCUGAUGGAUGUUAACCAAGAAGGUCGUCCAGACAGCUCUACUACAUCUGUACCCAUGGAGGAGGAUCACCCUGUCCUGAAUGAGACAACUCUGUUGGGCAAUGAGGAGGAGGGCUUCGCUCUGGAGCCUGUUACUGUUACGCCAACCUUAGAGAGGAAGAAGGGGAAGAGGAGAAGGAGACUGGUGGUGGACCAGGCCAAGGAGUUGUCCAAUCAGGCCAUCAGGGAGCAACUCUCUGACUAUUCAGAUCUCACUGCCCCACUGGACAUCGCCCCGCCUACCCGCCAACUCAUGCAAUGGAAAGAGAGUGGCGGGGUGGACAGGCUCUUCAGUCACCUCUGUGCCCCUGUCAUUCAUCCACACCUGCAACAGCUCUAUUCCAGGGAUGUGUUUCGUGGGAAAACAGAUGGAGUGGUCAAUGAAGACGACCAUGAAGAGAUGAGAGAGGAGAGACAUGAGGUGGAAACGGAUGCGAGCGCCUUGCUCAGUGUCCUGCAUGAGACCAUGGAUCCUGAGAGAAUUGAACACAAUGUGGAGAUCACUCCUCUGCACCACUAUGGGAAUGACAACUCACCUGAAUACCUCUGGGACGCAGUACAUGAUGGGAGCAGGUUGGAGGUCUCUCACCCUGAGCUCCCGUCUGAGGAUUCCAUUUAUGUUCAUCCUUCUGGAAUGGAAAGGGAAACUCCAUCGACUGUGACACGGAACACACAGUCUAUGGUGGACAGCCAGGAUGACUUUGAAGAGAAGAGGAUGACCAGCCGAGCACAGAAACUACUAAAUGCUCUCAAAAUUCAGAGCAGCAACGGCAUGUUCAGCCUGAAGACGCUGUGUGAGAGGAACAGUCGCUCCCAGGCCGCAGCCACCUUCUUCUGCCUUCUGGUGCUGAAGAAACAACAGGCCCUUGACCUGCACCAGAGCGAGCCUUACGCUGACAUUAUAGCCACUCCUGGACCCAGGUUCUAUGAGACGUAGAGGAGGACUUGUAGUGGAGGAAGGAGGAGGUUUCGAUAUGAAGACACCUUGUUCAUAGACUCACUGCUCUGUCAACAACUGCACAAACUUUGUAGUGGUCUUGACACCCUCGUCAGAUGUGGACCAUAGGAGGGUAGCGUCUCGGAGGAUGGACGCUGAUUGAGAACUGAAUACACCAAUAAAUAUAAUUUUUAUAAAAGUGACCAAACUGGGUUGUGACAUAAAGCACUUACCAGCACUACUGAGAUACAUUGAGGUACCAUAACUAUCUCCCAGGGUCCAAACCCAAGUUAGUCACUCACUCCCUUUUAUGAGAAAACAAGGCUUGCUACAAGACAUUAUUUGGACAGAGUUAUCAUCUGAUUUGGGUCACAGUAAAAGUUUAUGAAUGUUCUGUUAUUUUGUUCAGGUGCUUUACUUGUUUGAGUAAUAUGGUUUGUUAUUUAUUAUGCUGACAGACUAAGAUUUUUUAGAUUGACCAAUUUCAGUAAUAAGGGUGGUUUUGGUAGUGUUUUUAACUAAGCUAUUUUUUUUUACUUGUUACUGUGUUUUUAUUCUUAAAGGUAUGUAAAUAUACCCAGUGAAUCUUAUU